UCCAAAACAGAAAGUCAGUGUCUCGUUGGGGUUGUGCGAGGCAAGACUGUUACUCUCUAUUCCAGUGUAGUUAAAAGGGGGCCCAUAAAAAACAAAGGACAAUGGUACUUCCAAUUAUCUUGACAUGCGGGCCAAAUGAGGUCAUCGUGUUAUCAGGUUUCGGCCACCGGAAGUCGGCCCUCAUCACCGGCGGAAGAAUAAUUGCUUUCCCGUGCAUCCAGCGGUGGCGCAGGUUGUCACUCAAUGUAAUGACCAUUAGAAUAGGCUCAGCAAGCGUUUACACGUCCCAGGGAGUCCCCAUCACUGUUAGUGGAGUUGCUCAGGUGAAGAUCAGCACACAGCACCCAGAGGUCCUCGAGCGGGCAUGUGAACACUUUCUUAGCAAGUCCAAAAAUGAGAUCGAGGCACUCAUCACUGCCACGCUAGAGGGUCACCAGAGGGCCAUCCUUGGCACUAUGACAGUUGAGGAUAUCUAUAAGAAUCGGAAGCUGUUCAAUUCGCGUGUGUUUGAAGUGGCUUCCAAGGACCUUUGUAAUCUCGGCCUCCAAGUUCUCUCCUAUACCAUCAGAGAUAUAACAGAUGAGGGGGGAUAUCUUCAAGCCCUAGGCAUGUCGAGGACAGCGGAGGUUCAGAGAGAUGCGAAGAUAGGCGAGGUGUUAGCUCAGCAGGAGUCGCGGAUCCAGAAGAGCUUGGCCCUCGAGGAACUAAUGAAGGCUAAAUACGCCAAUGAUAGCCUUAUUGCUUUGGCUAACAGGAACUUCGAGCAGCAGAAGGCAGUGUAUGACCAGGAGGUUAUGACCAAGAACGCAGAAGCUGACUUGGCAUAUGAAUUACAGUCAUGCAAGAUCAAACAAAAGAUUCAGGAAGAAAAAAUGGAGAUUGUCGUUGUUGAGAGGCAGGGAAAGAUCCAUGUGGAAGAACAGGAAAUACAGCGAACUGAGAAACACUUGGAAGCCACAGUGAAACAGCCUGCUGAAGCAGAGAAAUUCAGGGCGGAAACCAUUGCUGCAGCGCAGAGGAAGAAGACUGUCUUGGAGGCAGAGGCUCAUGCAGAAUCCAAGCACCUUCAGGGAGAGGCUCAGGCUUUUGCGAUUGAGGCAAAAGCGAAGGCACAAGCAGCAAGCAUGCACUACCGAGCUGAAGCUUACAAGGAAUUCCAAAAUGCUGCUAUUCUGGAUAUGUACCUUAAAGCAAUACCACAGGUCGUCGGCAAUGUGAGCUCAUCCUUGUCCAACGCCAAGAGUGUGAAGAUGGUGUCUUCAGGAGGAUCUGAGGUCGGUGCUCUGAAGCUAACACAGGAAGUGAUGAAUAUUUCCACCAGCAUCCCUGAAAUGGUCAAGUCUAUGACGGGUGUUGAUCUGAGAAAGUCUGUGCGAGCAGCAUAAAGGAAGACAGGAAUGGAUAACCAGCGUCGUGAAGUGAUGUUGUAUUAUCAUAACCAAAAUACUGUAUUUAAGUAUAAGUGUAAGAUACUUGGAUAUAAUUUCCUAGGAAUAAGAUAGAUUUUAAUGCUGAUGAGAAAUGUUUUUAAAAGAAUUCGUAGAUAUUUAAGUUGUUAAACAAAUGAUGUAUGCUAAAUGUGUCUUUGUACAGCUUAUAUAGCAUGGCUUGUAAUCGGAUGUAUCAUAUAGACAUAGCAUAGAAAUAUAUCAAAUAAACUUA